CUGACACUUAACGAUGCUAUUCAUCAGACAGACCUUCUGAAAACGGAUAGCAUAUGAAUUUAACAGCCUAUCUUCCAGUUAAUAUACAACAAGGAAAGACUGGCAUACAAGUGACUAUUUUGUCUUGAAACUCUGCUUUUGGAACAUCAAGGAUGGAUUAUCCCAAAAUGGAUUAUUUUCUGGAUGUCGAGUCUGCUCAGAGAUUCUUCUACAGUCAAGGAGCUCAAGCUCGCCGGGCGACCCUGCUCCUGCCUCCCACAUUAAUGGCGGCAUCUUCGGAGGAUGAUAUAGACCGGCGGCCCAUCAGAAGAGUCCGCUCCAAGAGCGACACGCCGUACCUCGCCGAAGCCAGGAUCUCCUUCAACCUAGGGGCAGCUGAGGAAGUGGAGAGGCUGGCGGCCAUGCGCUCUGACUCCCUUGUCCCAGGUACCCACACCCCUCCCAUCCGGAGGAGAAGUAAGUUUGCCAACCUGGGAAGGAUUUUCAAGCCUUGGAAGUGGAGAAAGAAGAAAAGCGAGAAGUUCAAACACACAUCUGCAGCCCUGGAAAGGAAAAUAUCAAUGAGGCAAAGCAGAGAGGAGCUGAUAAAACGAGGGGUCUUGAAGGAAAUCUAUGAUAAAGAUGGGGAGCUCUCCAUAUCGAAUGAAGAUGAUUCGCUGGAAAACGGACAGUCCCUGAGCUCCAGCCAGCUGUCUCUGCCUGCCCUGUCCGAAAUGGAGCCGGUUCCCAUGCCCAGGGAUCCCUGCUCAUACGAGGUGCUCCAGCCUUCAGACAUCAUGGACGGGACAGUGUCUGAAGAGAGUCCCUCUGCCAGUGAGUCUGGAGUCCUCCUGUCCCAAGAUCCUUCAGCCAAACCAGUCCUGCUACUGCCCCCCAAAAAACCUGCUGCUUUCUCUGGAGACCAUGAGGAGACCCCAGUGAAGCAGCUGUCCCUUCUCAAGCAACCCCCCGCCCUGCCUCCCAAACCCACUGCCAGGAUUGCCAACCACUUAACAGAUCCUGGCGCCCCCGUGAAAUUGCCUUGUCUGCCAGUGAAACUGUCGCCUCCGCUACCUCCAAAGAAAGUCAUGAUCUGCAUGCCUGUAGGGGGGCCAGACCUCUCCCUGGCGUCCUACGCCGCCCAGAAGAGUGGCCAGCAGAGUGGGGCCCAGCACCACCACACGGUCCUGCCGUCCCAGAUCCAACACCAGCUGCAGUACGGCAGUCUCGGCCCGCACCUCCCCUCCACCACCGGCUCCCUCCCCAUGCACCCCUCCGGCUGCAGGAUGAUCGAGGAGCUGAACAAAACGCUGGCCAUGACCAUGCAGAGGCUGGAAAGCUCUGAGCAGCGGGUCCCAUGUUCCACUUCUUACCACAGCUCUGGUUUGCACUCUGGUGACGGUGUCACCAAAGCGGGACCUCUGGGCCUUCCAGAAAUAAGACAAGUGCCAACUGUUGUGAUUGAAUGUGAUGACAAUAAAGAAAAUGUGCCUCAUGAAUCGGGCUAUGAAGACGCUUCUUGCCUGUACACGAGAGAGGAGGAGGAGGAGGAGGACGAGGACGACGACAGCUCGCUGUACACCACCUCCCUGGCCAUGAAAGUGUGCAGGAAGGACUCCUUAGCCAUCAAACUCAGCAACCGGCCCUCCAAGCGGGAGCUCGAAGAAAAGAACAUCCUUCCCAGGCAGACGGAUGAAGAGAGACUGGAGUUGAGGCAGCAGAUCGGCACCAAGCUCACCAGGCGGCUGAGCCAGAGGCCGACGGCAGAGGAAUUGGAGCAGAGGAACAUUCUAAAACCUCGGAAUGAACAGGAGGAACAAGAGGAGAAGAGAGAGAUCAAGAGGAGGUUAACACGAAAGCUCAGCCAAAGACCCACAGUAGAAGAACUUAGAGAAAGAAAGAUCCUCAUCCGUUUCAGCGACUACGUGGAGGUGGCUGACGCUCAGGACUAUGACCGCAGGGCCGACAAGCCGUGGACCCGCCUCACCGCCGCUGACAAAGCUGCCAUUCGAAAGGAGCUCAAUGAAUUUAAAAGCACUGAAAUGGAAGUUCAUGAAUUGAGUAGACAUUUAACAAGGUUUCACCGACCUUAACAGUCAAAUUCCUCUUGAGUGCUAUGCUGUCUUCAAAACAUAAAUUUAUAAGAACCAUAAGUGCUGGUAUUUAUUCACUUCCCCAUUAUGAUGUAAAUCUUCUGAACUGCCUUUUUUUAAAAAGAAGAAGAAAAAUAAAAGGAAACAUGAUCACGAUUCUCUUUGCGAAAACCCGAUGGUCACCGCUCCACGGCCAGAGCUGCUGGCACCGCCGCGGACGCCGAGGGCACCGGCGGGCCGGACGGAAGACUCCCCGGCGCCCGGAGCGGCCCGGGCCUCUCCAGCCGGGCCCGGCAGGCCAGCCUGCCUUAGGCUCACUGAGGCCCCAGCGAACCUCUUCCCCUAAAGUGUGUGUCACCUGGGUCCAAAGAAACCAAGGCGGUGGGUUUGGCCUGGAAUGGACUGUGCAAAGCAAAUGGUCAGGUGGGCCUUCUAGACUUGGCCAGACACACUGGCUGUAGGCGUGGCGUCCGGCGCAGGGGCCUCUGAGGAGGACGCUGAGAGGGAGCACUGUCCUCGGUUGCCCCUGCCCUUGCUCUCCCUUCAGCCGUCGUCCAUACGGUGAACAGGAGGGAGGAUGCUUUUCUGGGGGAGCCUGUGGUUGACCGUCAGCCCUGAGCGUACGUGUGCUCCAGGUGUGGAAGGCCGGCCCCGAGCGCCUGUCCUGCCCCCGCGGAUGGAGCUGAGCUGCCUUCCAGGGAGCUCUGGUGUAGGAGGGGAAAGCGGUCAUUUGCUUGGUUCAAACGAAUUGACCCAUGUGGGUCAGAAAAGCCAAAUGCCAUGGGGAAUCUUACACGGCCACUGCUGUGGUACUCCUGUGGUGUUGGUGCGUCUGAGCAUGAGGACCCUGUUGAGGACAGAAAGGCUGGGGUAAGGACACUGCUUGGCUGCUGUUCUUCAUUUUCUCCAUGCACCCCAGGGCCGGUGACCGUGAGGCCUGGAAGCUGAAAACAGCCUCUCAGUAUAGGACCAAUGCAUGCAAGCCAGAGAUCAGUCCCUGGCAGACUGGCCGUCCGGUCACGGAAGGACUGGUACUCAGAACCACUCGAUGGCCUUCUAGUCUCCUUUCUUUGCACUGAAGAGUUUCUGUGGAGGAGCUUCAGGGUUCGGCAGAUGCCGGAAUCGUGCAAACACCAGCCACGCCUGCCCACGCUGUACCUUCCCGCUCCUAGCUGGAGAGACGCCUUCCUCUCCCUCGUGGUGCUGGUAAGGCCGAUCGAAGGGGUCUGUCUCCAUGUCCCAUUCACUUGGGACCCCAGGAAGGCAGUGUUCUUUUGACGGAGGGACACCAAGGACAGGAUGUGCAGGGAGAGGAAGGACAGCCCCCAAACCCUAACGACUAUCUUAACGAGGCCCCUUGCAGCUUCCUCGGUUUUCCUUCCUACCAGACCUCGUAGGGCCCUCAGUCCCACUGCUCAGCCUGGCCUUCUGGAGCCGUCACACGGUUACUGCCAUUUCUCCAGGUAAUGGCUCGCUCCCCGCCACCACGUGCCCGAGAGUUAGAAGGUGCCAGACUGGCCUUCACAAAAAGGAGUUCUCCAGUUCCCACCCCAAAACGUGCGGGCAGCAUUACUACGGGGACGCACACCCACACGGAGGCCGUGUCAUUUCUGCAGGCCUUCACAGCCCCUCCAGCCAGCACUAAGGCAGGAGCUGUGCCGGUUUGGGGGGAGCGCAGGGCAGUUCUUGAGGCGGUGCCCACGAGCCUUUGCAGAGCCAAGCCCGCCGCUGCCCCGCCCCACGAGGGCGCCGUCACUAGAUGCUUUUCUCUUUGAAUGUGGAAUCUGAAUAGUUAACUGCCGUGGGAAGGUAUUGUUCAGGGAAAACGUGGUCGGGAUCUUACUGUGGCUGUAAACACAGUCUUCCCGAAAGGCUUACUGACGUUUGAAUGUGCUAAUAGUAGGACGAAAGAUGUCGGGCUCUUUCGUUGGACUUCUUGACGGCAGGCGUGUGUUCCAGGCAAAGGUGCCUGCCUUGCCAGGAUUCUGGAACUCCCAGCUGGCCUCGUGCGGCUCCCAGGGCUCUGGCGUGAUGGUCGGGCCUUCCCCAGGCCCAGGAGCGAGUCCAGAGAGAACGCCUUCCGAGGCCUGGACUCCUCCUUCGAAGGCCAGCGGCUUCUCUGCUGGCUUCUCGGGCCUCUGAGGCCCUGGGAACGUGACGUCCAAAUCAGUUUCCCUGCAGCCAGCCAGCCAGCAGCCCAGAUACCCUGCCCGAAGUGCCCAACUGUGGCAGUCCGCUGUGAGCACGGAAGGCAGGGAACACAAUUUCCACUUCUUGCAGAGCACCCUUUCUGAGAAGUCAGUUGCAGGAAUUAGGGGUGAACUUCCCAUGCCCGAGAUGGCACUCACCAUCCAGGUGGGCUAGCUCAGCCCAGUUUAGGGGGCUCAUCACCCUCAGUGGACCACAGCAUGGGGCCUCUGCUUUUUCCUUCCGUGAAAUCUUGAGGUCUUUAUAGAAAUCUAUCCAAAUUUCUUUUUUGCCAUAUUGUUAGGACAACUGGAAGAUGUUAUUUAAAAAAAAUAAAAAGGUGAAAUGGGCUAGGUGGUUUAAAAUGCAUUCCUUUUCUGAAAAAGCUGCAGUUCUCAAAGGUCUUGUGCAACAUUCCCAGUGGAGCCUUUUGUCAUUUGGAUUAGCGUGAGAGGAGAAAUCUGAAAUUUCUCAAAUCUAAAGGUUUCCCUCUCAAAAUCAGACAUUGCCCCAACCUCCCCCCACCACCUGUGAUGGAAGGGACUGCCAUCGGCCUACUUGCUCUUUCAAAAUUGAUCUAUUCCUCUCCAAAGGCCCUCAGAGCCCUGUAAGACUUUUAAAACUUUAGCCUUUAUGUCAAAUUAGAGAAACCAAACAGCGUGAUGGUAGAUGUGAUAAAAACCUGAGUUUAUUUUUCUCCCGCUUAUGAACGUGUAUUUAUAUUUGCCGAAUGAAUAUCGUGGUGUGUGCUUCGAUGAAUGGGAUGUCAGGCUCUCCCUGUGCACAGCGGUGGGUGGAGGUCACCUUAGAUGACUUUUCUUCCCAUCUGUCUGUUAAUCCCCAAACUAGUUGCUUUUUCCAGUUGCUUCCCGGGUGUCUGUAUAUAGUUUGUCUUUGUAUAGGAGCGCUCUCCUGUGUUCUAAUUUAACAGAUGAUGGCUGUAUGAGGAAGACAAUGUAAAUAGAAUACAAAUUAAACUGGAUCUCUAUGGCCUAGGUUUUGUACAUACAGAAACUGCAUGGUAUUUAAAUUAUUGUUUGUCUCUGAUGAUGUAUGCAGUUUCUUUAAAAACAAACCAAAAAAAAAAAAAAAAGUCUAAAAAAAAAAA